AUGCAUGAAGGGAGAGGUAAUAUAACAAAAGUGUGUAACCAGCACUAUAUCACUAAGAAAAAGGAAGAUAUAGAGGUGACCAUCAGGUGCAGGUCCAAGCUGUUCGUGAUAAACCUUCUGGUGCCCAUUGGCUUUCUGGUUGCCAUGGAUAUCCUCAGCUUCUACCUGCCGGCAGAAAGUAGGAAUCAUGCUUCAUUCAAGACAACUCUUCUGUUGGGCUACAAUGUGUUCCUGUUCAUGAUGAAUGACUUACUCCCAACCAGGGGCACCCCCCUCAUCCGUGUCUCCUUUGCCCUGUUUCUGUACCUGAUGGUGCUCAGCCUGCUAGAGACUGUCUUCAUCACUUACAUGCUGUACCUGGCCACCAUUGAGUCUCCACCUAUGCCUCAGUGGCUCCACUUCCUACUGCUGCACUGUACCAGCUGUAGGAAAUGCUGCAUCACUGUACCCCAGAAGGGAAAUAAGAACCUAAGUGUCACCCCCACCCACCUGCCUGGUCUGAAGGAGCCAGAGGUGUUAGCAGGGAAGAUACCCAGCCCUGGAGAGGCAGAGUUAAAUGGGUGUCCAGAAUCAACAAGGACCCAGCAGGAACACAAGGCCCAGAAGCAGUGCCUUGUUCACCUGUGGGUGCAGUUUAGCCACAUGAUAGACACCCUGCUCUUCCACCUCCACCUACUCUUCAUGGCCUCCUCCAUCAUCACGGUCACUGUCCUCUGGAACACUUAG